UCAAGUUGUAAAAUACACCGGUGAGAGGUUCAAUGGCAUUUUUAAUUUAUGUAGGAAAGGUGGAGAAAGCCGGGGGUGCAUGACUUGAGGGCGAGGGCACAAGAGCAAAGUUUCGGGCUACGGUGACACCGGGUUUGCCAGGCAACUUUCAGCCAAUUGGGUUACCAUCAAAACAUGCUCUGCAGCAGCAUUUGAAGUGGCAGUUGACCGGGUCCAUAGAUGAAGAUUGAAUAAAGAUGUGCACGAUUUGGGAUCAGCACUGCAGCGCGUGAAAUCGGUGUAGCAGAUGUGCCUCCAAAAACGCGGCGGAACUUGCCAGAAAGCGGGUUGGGUUGCACCGCUGCUAGCCGGUACAGCAGGUUAAGGGGCCCCCGUGCCUCUCUUGCACUGCCUGUUUAGCCAUGAAAGUAACAGGAUGCUGGCCGAAAUGGACGUGCGCUCCUGAACCUGUCAAGCAGCUAAAACGCCGGUGUUUUGAUCGCUACUGCACUUCGCCCACGGCGUUGGAGGCUUUGUUGGGUGUUGUUAGCAUCAGCGGGUGUGUGCUGGACAUGUGCGGGGGGCCGGGUGAUGCUGUAGUGACUCGCCUUCGAGACACGUGCCAAGUACUCACGAACGAUGUAUGACCGAGGUGAGGGGAUGCUGCGCGUUUUUUUUGUGUGCUUGGGGUGAGGUAGGNCGCUGCUGAGUUACAUACGACGGACCUAGUUGUAUAAUCUGCUCUAAGCUUUACGUGCCUUCGUUCGUAGGUCCCGUCGUAGGUAGGCUCGCACCAGCGGACGCUCAUUGUUUGUGCGGCCCUUUUUUGUCGUCGAAGUUUGGCUCUGUAAAACGAAACGAGUGCAUCGUCGUUUGAAUCCUCCAUAGUUCCAAUAGGCCGCAUACCGAGUGUACUCACGGCACAGAUGUUGCUUUCGGUACACGCACAUGGAGCAACUCAAGCUUGACUGUAUCCGAUUUUCGCCGAAGCAUGUCGG